GAGAAAAGUCGAGGACAGUAGUUCACCGUAAGCAAGAUGCCGUCACCAUUGACUGUCGAAAGCCUCAAGGCCACCGACAUCCACACAAAAAUCGACCGACUGAUCAGCAACCUGAUCAAUAUCAAAGACGAGACAGGCCACUUCCUGUUGAAACUGCCCGAUGGCCGUAUCAUCGACACGAAGGGCUGGAAUGACUGGGAAUGGACGCACGGCAUCGGCCUGUACGGAGUGUACCGGUACCACGAGCUGACGUCCUCCCCGUUCGCGUUGAAAGUCGUGCAGGACUGGUUUUCCGCACGGCUGGCCGAAGGCACGACCAAGAACAUCAACACCAUGGCCGCGCUCCUCACGCUGGCCUACCUAUACGAGCAGACCGGCGACAAGAGUUACCUUCCCUGGCUGGACUCCUGGUGCGAAUGGGCCAUGUACGAAUUACCCCGGACCACGUUCGGAGGCAUGCAGCAUAUCACCUACCUCGAGGAGAACCGCAACCAGCUAUGGGACGACACGCUCAUGAUGACGGUCCUGCCGUUGGCAAAGAUAGGGACAUUGCUGCAUCGGCCGCACUACGUCGAAGAAGCCAAGCGGCAGUUCCUUCUGCACAUUCAGUACCUGUACGACCCCCGGACGGGUCUGUUCUUCCACGGCUGGCAGUUUGACGACAAGGAUCCUCGCGGUGGCAUCGGUCACAAUUUUGCACGGGCACGGUGGGCGCGAGGGAAUAGUUGGCUGACGAUCGCGAUUCCGGAUUUCCUUGAGCUGCUAGACUUGCCCCCCGACGACGGGUUGAGAAUGUACCUUGUCAACGUACUGGAAGCGCAAUGCCGAGCUCUACGCAGGCUGCAAACGUCCGACGGCACAUGGAGAACGCUCCUCGAUAUGUCAGAGGAGGAAGGAAGCUAUCAGGAAGCUUCAGCGACCGCUGGGUUUGCGUACGGGCUGCUCAAGUCGAUACGGAAAAGGUACAUCUCCAAGGAGUAUUUAGACGUCGCCAUCAAGGCCGUGAAAGCUGUUCUCCAGCGCAUCAAUCAGGAUGGGGAGCUGCUAGAUGUCAGCUUCGGUACAGGCAUGGGAAAGGAUUUGAAGCAUUACGUCGAUAUCGAGCGCACGAGCAUGCCGUACGGUCAAGCGAUGGCCAUCAUGGCCUUGGUGGAGUUUCUGCGAGUGUAUAUCUAAUGUAAACAGCAUCUGGUGGUUCAAGUCUGUCAAUAGAGGCCUGAUGAGAGGACAAGCAAAGGCUGGAGGUUGGUGUGGCACUUUGGUCUUGAGCUCGAUGUCGGACACCGAGCCUAUGGACACAAAAUAUGAUGUUGUCUGAUCAGAAGCACUCCUGUCUUAUCAAGGAAUCUCCGACCUUCGAGACGGAGUCUUCCUGGAUCAUGAUUUGCGG